AUGGCGGAUCGCCCACUCCUCCCCAACGGCCUCCCGGACGUCCAACGCCUGAUCACCACCCACGACGCAUCCGGAAAAGCGAUCUUCGCGAGGGACAUACCUUCGACCUCGUCCUUCCAAGAAAUCGGAUCGGACUUCCAGUUCUUCCUCGGAUACACGACGAAAGGGUUCCCCGUCGAUCUGAACGCCCCCGACGAGGCAGAUGCAAAAGCAGGUGCCGCCGCGGUACCGACGGACAUCCAGCGCUACACGGAAGAUCUGCAAGCCCCGCCCGCAGGACUGAGUAUCGACAACGGUACCGCCCUCCGCUUCGUGGACUUUGCGCCGGCCACAGCCCCCUUCAUGCACCGCACCGAGUCCAUCGACUACGGCGUGGUGCUGGAGGGCGUGAUGGAACUUAUCCUCGACUCGGGCGAGACGAGGAUCAUGCGCAGGGGCGAUGUGUGUGUCCAGCGGGGCACGAUGCACGCGUGGAAGAACAUCACGGAGAACGGCGGGUGGGCGCGCAUGCUGUUCAGCUUGGUCGCGGCCGAGAAGGUGGUUGUCGGCGGCCAGGCCCUGGGUGCGGAUCUGUCGGGAGAGGCGGGUGGGAAGGGCGUUGAUGGGUGA